ACCCGACUUGGUAGGUUGUACAGUAUGGAGAGAUAACCUUGUGGUUUGUUAACAGUGGAAGUAUUUUGACAGCUAUAUUUGUUUCAUUGAGGUUAACAUUUUUCUGUUUUCUAACACAGGACAAGGAUUUAUGAAAGUGGCAAUACCUUAACACAAUAUAAGUAAGGGAGUAUAUAAUAUAAUAGUUGAAUAGUGAUUAUUAUUUGUUUAUUGAAUGUUUGUGAACAUAAUGACAACACAUUCUCAGUAUUCCAUUGGUGCUGGUUAUGUUAGGGUUAGCUUCUUUCACUGUGCAUCCUGCAAUGACAAGAAUAUUGUUGAAACUGCAGUGUGCUACUGUUCAAAAUGUGAACAGUGUUUGUGUACGCAGUGCUGCGGGUUGCAUGAUCAAUUGUUUAGUAAGCAUAUUAAAUACGGCCUAGAAGAAUUGGAGAACUGGCCAGAUUGCAAUGACUUAGUUGCUUUUCUACAAAUAUGUGAGAUACACAAAAAUCAAAGCGUUGACAUGUUCUGCAAGGACCACAGACGGCUGUGCUGCUAUGAAUGCGUUUCAUCUAUGCACAGAAAUUGCACAAAUGUAACACUCGACCCAGCCGAAAUGCAUUCAACAGAAGUGCAUGAACUGUUAAUAAGGCUUCAAAUCAAUUUGGUUAAACUAAACAAGCUUCAGAGUUGCUGUGAGUCCCGAAUCCAUGAUCUGACAACUUUGUACCAGGAACAUGAACUAAUGGUAUGUGAAAUACACAGAAACAUAAACUCCAAUUUGGACAAGAUUGAAAAGAGCAGUUUGAAGAAAACACCUGAAGUUGAGCAAAGCAUGGUGAAAAUUCUUUAUCAAUCAAUACAUUCGUUCUUGGAUGAACUCAAGGAAAGCACUUUGAAUGAAGCAAAACAGACUAUUUCAGAUCAUCAAGCUUCUCAAAAGACUUGUUCUGAAACCUGCAAAAUAUAUUACACUGAACUGAAAUUACUCCAGGAAGCCCUUCAGUACAGCAGUGAUAAGAGCAAUCUGAAAUUCUGCCUAAUAGCCACACAUAAAUGCAAAGAAAAACUAUUAUACCUAGAUAACAUUUUUGUUAAACUCCAGAAUUCAGUAUUAAAGCAGCCUAUAAUUGAUAUUGAGCAAUACCUGUCCAAAUUAUCGGGUCUUUCGACGUUGGUACAAAGCAGCAACGAAGUAACAUACCAGGUUAAUACUGACAUUGAGCAAUUGUUAUACAGCUUGUCAAAAUUGGUGACGAAUGUAUUCAGUAAUGUGUUCAGUGAAGAUUGUAGAUCUGAGCACAAUGAAUGUGACGAAACACAUCUGAAAACACAAGAGAGCACAAUUAACAAAUAUUCAUCACUUAAAAAGGAAAAUGCUCAACUUAAAAAGGAAAAUGCAAAACUUCGGAGCGACUUAUCGUCGGAGUUAUCACGAACAAUGAAAGAAAAAUCACGAGAGGAAAUUCUUGAAACUUCCAAAAAAAAUGAAAGAGUACUUACACAAUUAUACGAUGAUGUGCUGGAACAAUUGACGGAAAAGGAAAAGGAGAUACGUAAACUUACGCAAGAGUUUAAACAAAGCUUUGAUCCCGAUGACAAAAAACGACUACAAGAACAGUUAGCAAGAAAACAAGAUCAAAUUGUACACCUUCGGAAUCAGGAACGUGUCAUGAAAAAGCAGAUAGGUACUUUAGAAGAGAUUGUUAAGAUUCUGGAACAUAGUUCAACUUCAACGGAUGAGUGCACUAAUCAAAGCGAACCAGAGAAAUUGGAAAAGCUUCUUGAAAAUGAAGUUGAAUUGAAAGUGGAAUUAAGUCUUAUUCUGGAGCGGAAGGAAUCUGACGAAAGAUUGUACUAUUCUAAUGUCAGUACUAUGACGGAUUUCUCAUCUCUGGGCACAUCGGAUGAUGCAGUAAAUGAAGAUGAUCAACAUUCAAAAGGAUACACAACAAUGAAGAGUACACCUGGAAAGCCGUCGGCUAGCGAAGUAGGGUCCGAUACAAUUACACUGACGUGGGACAAACCUGCUUUGUUCAAGGAGGGAGAUCAUUUCCAGAUAUCAUGCAGAGAAAACAAGGAGUCUAGAUGGAGGAUUUGCCAUGAUAGUGUUGAAAUAAAUAGAUUUGAAUUAACAAACGUAAAAUCCGAAUCACAGUUUAUGUUUCGCAUUCGGGCGGUAUAUACUGACUUCGAAAGUGAUUACAGCAAAGAAAGUGAUAUAGUUACAACAAAGAAAUCUCCAGCAUCGCAACUUGUAGGGUUCUCUACUGCUCGUAGCGCUCCCGAUGUAUUACCUAUCCAGUAUGCAUUACCUAUGAUAGAAGUCGAAGGAGCAAGAAAUACAAUCGGGAAAACAAGGAAAUUUGAAAUUGGGUCUCCAAGGAAAGGAUAUUGGGAGGAGAAGACAAUUUUACUAAUUGGUGAGACAGAAACUGGAAAAAGCACCCUUUUGGAUGGAAUGGCUAAUUUCAUACUUGGUGUUAAUUGGAAUGAUGAGUUUAGAUUUUCUAUUGCCAACCUAGAAGAUAAAAAAAGGCAUAAAUUUGUUUACCAGGCAGUUUCGCAAACGGAAUGGAUAACAUGUUACACGAUACACCCGCAAGAUGGUGGAAGAAUUCCUUACACUAUUAACAUAAUUGAUACGCCAGGAUUUGGAGAUACACGUGGGCCUCAACGGGAUGAAGAAAUUGUUGAACAAAUCAUAGAACUGUUCACCGUGGAUCCACCAAAGGGAGUUUCGAUUAUUGACUCUGUAUGUUUCUGUGUUAAAGCACAAGAUGUUAGGUUGACUCCGAGGCAGAGCAAUAUAUUCCAAUGGAUAAUGUCGAUGCUUGGAAAGGAUAUAAAAGCCAAUAUAUGUUCGAUGAUUACGUUUGCAGAUGGUCUUGAUCCCCCGGUUAAAAAUGCUUUGCAAAUGUCUUAUUUACCAUUUGGUAAAUUGUUCUCCUUCAACAAUUCUGCUCUGUUUGCAAAAAAUACAAAAUCAGAUUCACCCAGCUUGUCGCCGAUCUUCUGGGACAUGAGUUUACAAAGUUUUCGGAUUUUUUUUAAACAUUUAGAAACACUACCUUCAACAAGUUUGAAGUUGACCAGCGAUGUUUUAAAAGAACGCCAUGAAUUGGAAGCUAUUGGAAAAAAUCUUCAGCCUCGGCUUGACGUUGGUCUCAUGACGAUCAAUUCAUUGAACGCACAGAUCAAAAGUUUUAAAGAAAACACAUCGAUCAUUGCUGCCAAUAAAGAGACAUCACAUACAUUGCUGAUUCAAAAAAAAUUGAUAGACGAGUUAAAAGCAGAUUUGAAUAAAACUUCAACAUCCCCCAGGGGUGAGGUCGUUCAACCUGAGUGGGCAGAACAACGGUCGCGGGCCUCCAGGGGUCGCCAGGGGUCGCUGAUGAAGAACAAGGGAGGCUACUCCAUGACAGGCUUGUCUGAAGAGGUUCAGGAUAAUCUGGAGUCAGGUGUUGCGACCUUGAGUGUUUACCAGACCGGAACGAACCACAUCUCGCUGGGGCAGCUGUCCCCGAUAUCUGAUGGGGACAUCACGUUCGAGUUCAGCAUCAUGGAGCACAACGGGGACUCGAGUCCCCUACGUGGGGAGGUCACCAUCCCGUCCUUGCUGUCUCAUGAAGUCGGAUUGCCAAAUUUCUCGCUAGUCCCGGACCCCCUGGGGAUCACCCGUAUCACAGACAUAAGCCCUACAGAUGUGACACACGUGAAAAACUUUGCCCUACUUGAGCUUACCUCCAUGUACGACACGUACAACAUUUCGUAUACUAGACGGCGAUCAAAAAAGAGAUACAAAGAGCACGGCAUAUUUGGCGUACCUCUGCAAACGCUGUUGGAACAUGACCAGAAACUGGCACCCGAUACUAGGGUGCCUAUUGUGUAUCAAGAAACUUCAACAUCCCCCAGGGGUGAGGUCGUUCAUCCUGAGUGGGCAGAACAACGGUCGCGGGCCUCCAGGGGUCGCCAGGGGUCGCUGAUGAAGAACAAGGGAGGCUACUCCAUGACAGGCUUGUCUGAAGAGGUUCAGGAUAAUCUGGAGUCAGGUGUUGCGACCUUGAGUGUUUACCAGACCGGAACGAACCACAUCUCGCUGGGGCAGCUGUCCCCGAUAUCUGAUGGGGACAUCACGUUCGAGUUCAGCAUCAUGGAGCACAACGGGGACUCGAGUCCCCUACGUGGGGAGGUCACCAUCCCGUCCUUGCUGUCUCAUGAAGUCGGAUUGCCAAAUUUCUCGCUAGUCCCGGACCCCCUGGGGAUCACCCGUAUCACAGACAUAAGCCCUACAGAUGUGACACACGUGAAAAACUUUGCCCUACUUGAGCUUACCUCCAUGUACGACACGUACAACAUUUCGUAUACUAGACGGCGAUCAAAAAAGAGAUACAAAGAGCACGGCAUAUUUGGCGUACCUCUGCAAACGCUGUUGGAACAUGACCAGAAACUGGCACCCGAUACUAGGGUGCCUAUUGUGUAUCAAGAAAUCCUGCAUUAUUUAUCCAAGAACUGUCUGGACCCAGAAGGAAUUCUGAGAAUACCGGGCUCCUCAACGAGAAUAAAAACCUUGAGACAGGAAAUGGAGGAGAAGUUUUACCAGGGAACGUUUGUCUGGGGGCCUGACUUGACCCCUAAUGAUGUGGCAGCCCUUAUGCAACAGUUCCUUAGGGAUCUGCCUGUACCACUGUUAACAGACGAGUAUAUCGACGCAUUUGCUCAAGUGGAAGAACUAUCUGAUAAGAAGCAGCAGUUGCAUGCGUUGAAUCUGCUGGUGAUACUACUGCCCACCGUACAUCGGGAUACUCUAGGCGCACUUUUGGACCUGCUGCUAGAGAUCAUCAGCCACAGCGACACCAACAAGAUGAGCCUCAACAAGGUUGCCAUGAUCAUGGCCCCUAAUCUCUUCCUGGCCCCUAAAAUAGGGAACGCGAACAUUGGCAAGAACAAAGACGCGUUGGACCUGGAAAUCAAGAUGGCACGGGGGACUUCCAAUAUUGUACGGAUGAUAAUACGAUACAAGCACAUCUUAUGGACUAUUCCCACCUAUCUGUUAGGUCUUGUCCGUAGACAAUACGAGCAGGAUCAAGUGAGAAGAAAUAAAGAGAAGUCGAAAAUGAAGUUCCUUGCGAAGAAGGACAAAACUGAUGUGUAUAAAAAGCCAGCAUUAAAACAUGAGGCUGAUUUCCAAGAAGGGGUGAUCCGUGUUCAGGCCCCUUCCUUGACUAAGUCCAGUACAGCCAUACAGCUUGACCAGUCCAUGACUGCUAGAGACAUUAUUUCAAGAUUCACUGUCAGUCCACUGAAGACAGACAGCAAGAAAUCCUCCAGUAAGGAUAAGAAGUUUAUUGCCGCUGAUGUUGACACUUAUCUCUAUGAGGUUGGGGGAAACAUCGGUGAGCGCUGUCUGCCUGACAACACAAACAUGUUGGCUCUAUACAAGGUCAACCCAAACGCUGAGUGGGUCUUGAAACACAGACAACGCCUGAAAGCCGUUUGAUCAAGUCUGAACAUUGUUAGACAGAGACUGAAAGUAGUCUGACUGCGUCUGAAAGUCAUUUAGCAGUGCUUUGGAAAAACAGGGCUUAAUGCAUGUGCGUAAGUGUUGCUCCAGGUAAGCCUGUGCAGUCGGCACAGGCUAAUCAGUGACAACUCUCAAUAUAUUUUUCAACUCCCAUCCAUAUAAUCUUAUAACCUGUUCAACGUUUGUAAAUAUAUUACUGAAAACAAUUGUUUUCUCAAUUUUGAAGCAUAUUUUAGCAAAACAACAACAUUAUUAAUUUCCCAAUUUAUUCAAAACGCAGCACAUUUUCCCAAUCCAAAGGUUCCCGGCCCCAUUCCCAAAAUGGUGAAAAUAAACACUUAAGGCACAACAAUUAAGCCCAGCUUUCCCAAAGUUCAGGCUCUUUUGAAAGCGUCUAAAAACUGUUUGACAGAAACUGGAAUUUUGCUGGCAGAGACAAGGUUGUCAGGAAUUGCUUACUGUGAAAUAAUUUAUAUUUUUGGUCAUGGCAUUUUAAGAUUUUUCAAAAAAUGACUUCUUGUGGACACGUAAAUUGCAGGAUUUCUGUUUUUUUUUUAAUUCGUGGAUCGGUCAACCUGUGAAAUGAAGAAAAAGCAUUGUUCCACAAAUUAUAAUGAUCUAACAGUAUAUAAAUUUUGGUAAGCUUGUUUCAGAGCUUUUAUGCAGAAGGGAAUACUAUUAAUGAUUUUACAGUUCAAAUGUGAACACAUUUUAUCAAAAUUGCUGAUUGAACAGGGCCUUUGUUAACCAGGUUUUCCGAAGGAAAAAACUGGUUAUUAGAUUGGCGAAUGCGGGCGGGCUGGCUGGCUGGCUGGCUGGCUGGCGGGCUGGCUGGCGGGCUGGCGGAAUAAGUUUGUUCGGGCAAUAACUAUGUCGUUCAUUGUCAGAUUUUAAAAUCAUUUGGCACAUUUGUUCACCAUCAUUGGACGGUGUGUCGCGCGAAAUAAUUACGUCGAUAUCUCCAAGGUCAAGGUCACACUUUGAGUUCACAGGUCAAAAAUGGCCAUAAAUGAGCUUGUCCGAGCCAUAACUAUGUCGUUCAUCAUCAGAUUUUAAAAUCAUUUGGCACAUUUGUUCACCAUCAUUGGACGGUGUGUCGCGCGAAGUAAUUACGUCGAUAUCUCCAAGGUCAAGGUCACACUUUGAGUUCAAAGGUCAAAAAUGGCCAUAAAUGAGCUUGUCCUGGCCAUAACUAUGUCAUUCAUUGUGAGAUUUUAAAAUCAUUAGGCACAUUUGUUCACCAUCAUGGGACGGUGUGUCCCACGAAAGAAUCACGUCAAUAUCUCCAAUGUCAAGGUCGCCACGACUAAAAAUAGAUUUAAAAAAAAAAAAAACUUACAAAGGGGGUUAAUUUUUUUUGGUCAUUUCAAAAGUUCAGUUUGAGUUUUCUCCCUUUAUCAGAUUUUUUUUUCACAAUGAAAACCUGGUUUUGUGACAAUUUUGUCCCUUGUUAGGCAAUAAAGUAUUAGUUAAUUACAUAUAAAUUGCAAACAAUAUUGGUUUACUGGGAAAAAGUAAUUUAUAUAGUAAAAUUAGAGGAUUGUGCCAACUUUGCUAGUGAUGAUAAAAUAGACCUAUACAAAACCAUUCAGUAUUUGUUUUGUUUUUAAUAAAUGAAUCAGCAUACCACAAUUGUAUAUUACAUGACAUUUGUAUUAAAAUUGAGACUUUCCAUGCUUUUGCUUAUAAUAAUGUGUUAAGUAAAUGUAUGGAAUGAAAACACACAUGAAUAUUUAUUUCUUGGGACGUUCGUUUAGAUAAAUGAUACAAAUGGUUUUUGAUGGAGGGCUUUGUAUUUUUCCAAGUAAUUAACAUAACCAUACUACUGUUUAAUAUUGAUCUAACUCUAGCAGUGAACAUUUGUUUGGUGUUAAUUUGUACUUUAGUACCAGGUGCAUAUGUUAUAUUGGUCAUUGCAUGACCAUUGACUCUUUAGUACCAGGUGCAUAUGUUAUAAUGGUCAUUGCAUGACCAAUGAAUUAUAUUUGAUAUCAGUCAUAACACGUGCAUACCUUAACUUUUAUAAAGGGCGUACAUGUGUAAGUGUAUUUAAUUUUUUCUCAAGCGGUUGACAUCUUUGACAAAUGUCUGUGUGCAUAAAUCAGACAGCUUGUACUUUUGCGGUUGUGCCUUUUUUGUUGAUCAGUGUUUUUUUUACAGGACGAAAAACUCGUAUUGAUUUUCUGAACCCUAUUGAAAAAUGUUCGUAUAUUCGUCGUCAUGAAAUUGUGUGGAUUUCAAACAAAAAUGUGGACACAAAUUUAUUUAUUUCUGAUUUUGGAAAAUUAAGGAGAAGUCAUCAUCUGCCAUUUUCGGAUGUUUUCGGAUCUGUUUGUGUUAAAUUCAUGGAUCAGUCAACCCUCACAAUCAACACAAAUUAUUGUUUUAUGAAGAAUAUGAUUUUACAGUAAUAUAUCUCAACACAUAUUCCUUCAUUUUGCUAAAGAAUAAGGAUAAAAGCUUAAUAUAAAACACCAAAUUGCACAAAGUCAGUUGAAAACUUGCCAAUGUCUGUUUUUGUGUUGUUAUUGUUGUUAGAUAUUUCAAACAAGUCUCAUUAGAAGCUGUGCGCUCACUUUUUUACAAGUUUUAGCCUCGUUUUAACCAACAUCUCAAUAUAAUGACUGGCCAAGUCACAGAAGUUUUGAAUGUAUUUCCCUCUUAAAUGCCAUAGUCACCUUUACAAUCAAAUGUUUAACUGGAAAAUUUGAUAUUUUCUUUGUUCAUAGAAGAAAUAUGUUUUACUUAAUGUUGGUAAUUUGUCAUUUUGGAUUUUCUAUUUAAUUGCUUAUUUUUUUUUAAGUAACGUUUUUAUUAAAAAAGGAUUCUAACACGAGAUUCAAAUAUAUAUCAUGUGCAACUGAAAUGUAAAGUAUAUUUAACUAUUUUAUGCUACAGUUUUGAUGUACAUUUUGGAUUAUUAAUGACACGUUUUACGUGCCCAAGAUUUUGUUCUUAUCUAUCUGAUGAUCAGAGACUGUUUGUUAACAUUCAGGAAGAGUCGUAUCUAUUAAACCUGAAGAUGUACAUCAAAAAUGACAGUCGUCAAGUGAUUUUAUUCAAAUAAACAUUGAAUACUUUUUUAUUAGCUCACCUGAUUGGUCAGGUGAGCUUUUGUGACCGGUCUUUGUUCGUCGUACGUCCGUCUAUAACAUUUGUUCGUUAACACUCUAGAGGCCAUAUUUAUUGUCCGAUCUUCAUGAAACUUGGUCAGAAGCUUUGUCCCAAUGAAAUAUCGGUCGAGUUCGAAACUGGGUCGUGCUGGGUCAAAAACUAGGUCACUAGGUCAAAAAAGGAAAACUUGUAAACACUGUAGGAGUCACAUUUCAUGCCCAAUCUUCAUGUAACUUUGUCAAAAUGUUUGUCUUAAUGAUAUGUUGGUUGAGUUCAAAAGUGGUUCCGGUCCGUUGAAAAACAUGGCUGCAAGUGGGCGGGGCAGUUUUCCUUAUUUGGCUAUAGAGAAACCUUGUAAACACUCUGGAAGUCACAAUUUUUGCCCAAUCAUCAUGAACGUUGGUCAAAACAUUGGUUUUAUUGAUUACUCGGACGAGUUCGAAAAUGGUCCAGAUCGGUGAAAAAACAUGGUCGCCAGUGGGCGGGGCAUUUUUCUCUAUAUGUAUAUAGGGAAAACAUGUCAACACUCUAGAAGUCACAUUUGUGGCCCAAUUUUCAUGAAAUUUUGUCAAAACUUUUGUUACCUAGAUACGUGAGUUAAGUUUGAAAAGGAUGUUUGUCAGGUCAAUAUCUAGGUCGUGUUUGACAUUAGGUAAAGAUUGAAUUAACCAACUCCUCUCAGGUGAGCGAACUAGGGCCAUCUUGGCCCUCUUGUCAGUAUAUACCAUUUUGUAAAAAUGCUUCCACAGGAGGUUGUGAUCGAUGACACCAAUACAAAUUACCACCGCAAUUCUUUUUUUUACAUCAGUUAAAUCUAUAUGAAAUUAAGAUUUGCAAUUCAACAUUUUUUUGGCUUAUGCUCGUCUGCCAUUUUAUUUAUAUCACUAAUUUCUAUUUAUAGCUCCCAUUUUGAAAUAUAUCUCCGAUUUCUAUUUAUAGCUUCCAUUCUUAUUAUUACUUCCAUUUCUAUUUAGAGCUCAAUUUUUUAUGAAGAGCUCAAAUUUCUAUUUAAUGCUCCCAUUUCUAUUAAGAGCUUCGCUUUGUAUUUAUAGUUUCCAUUUUUGGUUAAAUCUCCUUUUCUUGUUCCUAGUUUUAGCUCCAAAAUCUAUAUAAAGCGCCUAUUUCUAUUUCGAGCUUCAAUGUACAUUAAGAGAGUCCCAUUUCUCUUUAGAGCUCCUAUUUCUAUUUAUACUUUCAUUUUUUUGUGAAGCGCACAUUUUAUGUAGACCUACCAUUUCUAUUUAAAGCUCUUUUUUUCUGUUGUUAUUGUAUGUCUCUGCGAGGUAUUAUACAUGUUGUAUUAUAAUGACAUAUGGUUCUCCCUUUUGAUCAAUGUAUGUUGAUCCAUUAAUCUUUAUGUUAUCUGCAUCACAGAUGUUGCGACCAAAUUUAUUUGUUGUAUUGGUAUACUAGAACAUUAUUAUAAAUAUGAACUAUUAUAAUAAAUAUCGUUAUACAAAUGUUAUUAUAUAUGUCUAAAGAUGAUAUCGUGCUAUUGUUUUUGUUGACAUACAUUUACCUUCUAGGUGCAUGGAAUGUUAUGCAAUUAA